AUGAUAAACAAUCUGCCGGAAGUCGUAAGGCAUGGCGUUUGUUUAUUAUUUGCGGAUGACUGUAAGUUGCUGCUGGAGUUUAGGUCCGAAUCAGAUUGCAGACGCCUUCAGGAGGAUAUCGAUCGCAUAGUACAAUGGAGUCAUGAAAACAAACUAUACUUCAACGUAUCCAAGUGCUCGUUGAUGAGCUUCACCCGCGCACGGACACCUGUGCGCUAUGAUUAUGUGGUAGACGGGGCGCCACUACAACGAGUAACCGAGGUGCGAGACCUAGGUGUUAUCAUGACUCCCGAUCUGACAUUCCGGGAGCACAUAAACAGAGUCUGUAAGAAAGCGUACAGAAACCUAGGAUUUAUUCUGAGGCAGACACAUAGCUUCACCAAUAUCGCAGCUGUCAGGGUCCUAUAUGAUGCACUAGUCAGGAGUCAUCUGGAACAUAGUGCGGUCAUAUGGGCCCCACAUGAAGCGAAGUACGCGGUAAUGUUGGAGCGCGUUCAAAAUAAGUUUACUCGCCACCUGUAUAAGAAACUAUAUGGGGUAUAUCCGUUUUACCCACUGAUGUAUCCCACCCUGUUUGUCCUGGGCAUGGUUGGCUAUAAUCAACUGCGUGUCCGACGAGAGUUUGCACUGGUUGCCUACUUGGUGAAGGUGCUUCGCGGAUUGGAGAGUCACCCGGCAGUGCUGCAGCGCUUGAGCCUGUGUGUGCCGGACCGCUACGUGUGGCGGCGGCGAAGCCCGCCUCUGCUACUGCUAUAUGCUCUCUGA